GGCUUCCAUGAUCGCGCGAGAUUUGCCUCACGCGUAUCAAGCAUGGCGGCAUACAAGAGAAAACGUGGACUUUCUGGUCUCGCUGAUAAAAAAGCUAAAAAGGUGAAAUUUGUCGCGGAUGGAGAUGAAGAAGAGCAGGACGAGAACAAUGAAAUCACGGUUGUGCCCCCUGUGUCUAUGGGAAAGUGGACCAACAAGGAAAGAGUUCUCAUAUUCUCAUCGAGAGGGAUCAACUUCAGGACCAGACAUCUGAUGCAGGAUCUGAGGACCAUGAUGCCUCAUUCUAAAGCAGAUACGAAAAUGGACAGAAAAGACAAGCUGCUUGUCAUUAAUGAGGUGUGCGAAAUAAAGAACUGCAACAAAUGCCUGUUUUUUGAAGCAAAGAAAAAGCAAGAUCUCUACAUGUGGAUAUCGAACAGCCCCCAUGGACCUUCUGCAAAGUUUCUAGUCCAGAACAUUCACACACUGGCUGAACUCAAAAUGACUGGAAACUGCCUCAAGGGGUCGAGGCCUCUGCUGUCAUUCGAUCCUAAAUUUGACAGUGAGCCCCACUAUGCUUUGCUGAAAGAGCUCUUCAUCCAGACAUUCUCCACCCCUCGCUACCACCCAAAGAGUCAGCCGUUUGUGGACCAUGUCCUCACAUUCACAAUUGCAGACAACAGGAUAUGGUUUAGAAACUACCAGAUCAUUGAAGAAGAUGCAUCUCUUGUCGAGGUUGGGCCUCGCUUCGUCCUCAACCUCAUCAAGAUCUUUCAGGGGAGUUUCGGAGGGCCCACACUCUACGAAAACCCAAACUUCAAGUCUCCUAACAUGCACCGGCGCACGCUCCGACUGGCAACGGCAGCCAAAGUGCGCGAAAAGCAGAUGGUGAAGGAUAUUCACAAGGUGAAGAGGAAGGAAGCGAAGGAGGAUCUGACCAAGGACGUGACCGCCGACGUCUUCCUGACGCCGGCCGAGGAGAAGCCCGUUCACAUUCAGACAGAAGCGCCGCCGCCGAAGCCGGUGAAGAAGAACAAACACAAAGCUUUCAAAAGACAACGGAUGCAAAGGAAGUGAACAGUCUGGAGGACGCCGAGUGGAGCGAUCGUCCUGCUGAGUUUGAGCUUCAGCUGAACAUCAUGAGCUUUGUUCAGAUUGAUGCUAAACCAUCAUGUAUGUAACAGUUUCACAGAAAACUGGACUCAUGAAAAUGUCUGUUGCCAGAACACAACUGUAUGUAUAGUCACUGAUGUUCACAGUAAACAUUAUGUGCCCAUCUUUUUUUUUUUUAAUAACAUAAAUUGUUUAUUGAGUUCAAGUGAAAAUAAAACAGUUCAAACUUGUUAUGAACAAGACCAC